UUGAUCAGUCUGCUCUGGAAGCUCAGCUGGAGAAAGUAGUGACAAUUGAAGGGGUGUGCUUGGAGUUGGUCUUUUUUCUUUCUCUCUUUUAUGCAAAGGUUUUUCGGGUCUUUGCAGCGGACAGUCAUUUGGAGGGUUCGGAUGAAAGAGCACCAGCAACUUUUUCAAGCCUGUAAUUAACGUGCUUUUUGUUUUUGCAUUAGAUAGCAACACUACUUGGAUAAAGACUCUUGGCUUUAGCUUUUAAGACUGGGAUUAUCUGAUUGAGGCAUUGUGCUUCAUUAGAGCGGUCCACUUUUCCCCCCCUCCUCCUCCUCCUCCUUCCCUCCACCUCCUCCGCACUUUUUACGUGAUAACUAGACGAGACGACAACAAUGUUUGGGACUUUGUGCUUCCUGGUCACGCUUCUGUGGGGACUGCGCGGCUGUUGCUGCUGGGGCUCGUACGUGCCGUGCGAGCCGUGCGACGACAAGGCGAUGUCCAUGUGUCCGCCGAUCCCGAGCGGCUGCCAGCUGGUCAAGGAGCCCGGCUGCGGCUGCUGCCUCACGUGCGCCCUGAGCGAGGGCCAGGCGUGCGGCGUAUACACGGGGACGUGCGCGCAGGGCCUGCGCUGUCUGCCCCGGAGCGGUGAGGAGAAGCCGCUGCACGCCCUCCUCCACGGCCGCGGAGCGUGCAGCAACGAGAAGGGAUACAAACCGGCGCACCCACCCGUAGACCGUGAGUCACGCGAACAUGAAGACCCCUUGGCCACAGAGAUUACAGAGGAGCUGCAGCCGGCUAAAGUUCCGCUCAUGACCAAAGACAUUGUCAACAGUAAAAAAGUACACGCCAUGCGUAAGGAGAUAAGGAGGAAGCUCGGAAAGCAACGCUCCAUGGGUUCUUCGAUGGACUACUCCCCAAUGUCCAUGGACAAACACGAACCUGAAUUUGGACCCUGCCGCAGAAAAUUGGAUGGCAUCAUUCAGGGAAUGAAAGAUACUUCUCGAGUAAUGGCUCUGUCUUUGUAUCUUCCCAACUGCGACAGAAAAGGAUUCUUCAAACGCAAACAGUGCAAGCCUUCCCGUGGCCGCAAACGGGGUAUCUGUUGGUGUGUGGACAAGUACGGUGUUCAACUUCCUGGGACAGAUUACAGCGGUGGAGACAUUCAAUGUAAAGACCUGGAGAGCACCAAUAACAACAAUGAGUAAACGUCAAAGAAAAUGGACCACAAUCAAAAGCCACCCGCCCCCCAAAUCCUAACUUCUACAAGACCCACGGCCCACAUUUCCUCUCUGAACGACACGUGUAUGCACCCCUCUCACCUCAAGAGUUAUUAACCCUCCUGUUAGGUUUGAUUCUCAGGAACGGCAACGAUGUUCCAGGGUCAAUUUGACCCAGGGGCGAGUGAAAUUACCCAAAAGUGAAAAACAAAAAUGUUGAAUUUAGUACACAUUUUACGUCAAGCAGAAGACACUUCGUACCGAAAUAUCUUAACAUGGGUCAAUUUGACCCGCGACAUAACAGGAGGGUUGAGAUUUCUUUUGAAAGAAACAAUGUGCAAAAUGAAUAGAACACCUGUACAUUAUUUUUGUCUGUUGUUGAUCAAGCACUCGUCUCAAAUUAGACUGGUGUCCCAAAAUAUCACUUGAAUGCAUCUCCCGGGACCCCUCAGGACCCUUUGGACAAGCCACGUUCAGUGGCAGUCCAUUAACGAAAAAUAAAUGCAUAUCAUGCAUAUAUUUUCAUUACUCGGAGGGCCGGGCUGCAGGGUUAAGGGGGUUAAGGACAGUGCAGCAGAUGUAUAUUCACAAAUUACUUGCAAAAAUUCAGAGACUUGAACGUGACAUAUGGAGGCGGUAUAAUUCCAACAUGAUAUAGAUAUAUUGUGCGCACAAAAUAUUAAUUUUGGGUUGUCAAUUUAGUAUUUGGUGAGAACAAAUUGCAUUUACUCUUAUCUAUAAUUGGGCCACCAUUUAACUCAUUCACUGACAAUGCCGAUUAUUUCUUGUCAACUGGAAUUCAACCGGUCCCUGCCAAAAAUUGGUUUACUCAUCAAUAUUUUUUCUACUACCCUUAAAGCAGUGGUUCUUAACCUGGGAUCGUAAGUCUAACGAGUUUGGCGAAGUAAAAGGGACGCAGAGCCCUAUUUUCGUGCGCUGAUUAAAUCUAUGCAAAGUACCGUAUUUUUCGGACUACAAGUUGCCCGACUCAAGUCACACCAGCCAUAAAAUGCCCAACGAAGAGGAAAAAACAUAUACAGUAUAGGUCGCACCGGAGUAUAAGUCGCAUUUUGGGGGGAAAUUUACUUGGUAAAAUCCAACACAUUGAACAGAUAUGUCCUUUUGAAAGGCAAUUUAAUAUAAAAAUACAAUAGAGAACAACAUGCUGAAUAAGUGUACAGUGUGAUGUAACAUGAUGCAUGGACAACAAAAUACGAAUAUACUGUCCUCACCAGGACGCUACAGCUCGGUCCUGGCUAUACAGCAAGCUAAACUCCCAAAUGACGAUGCUGGACGUCCGUAUAAUUUGCUGAAUCGAUUUCGUCCUUGAUACCAAAACAGGUUCGCAUCAACGUAAAUAAAUGAUAAUUAGGUGCUAUUGCAGCAAUGACAUAAACGGUUAGCAUGCGUUCUCUAGCAUUAGCACAUUGUUCAAACAACCACACAACUGGCUCUAAGUGUCCGAUCGCGGGUGGAAAACACACAACAACAACAGAAAAGAUGAUACACACAGGCGUUGCCUCUAUAGAGAUAUUUUACAAGCAUAAACAAUGAACGUAGGUUCGCAGCCUUGUCUCCCUCUCGCUCACCCACUCGCUCAAUUUCAUAGACGCUGCGUAGCUGUCCGUCUUCUUCUGGCGUGUGAGCGCUCUUCUUCACGUAAACAAGUGCGAGUGCGUGAAAGCGCCACAAACUAAAAGCAUGCAUUUCAAUAUAAAAAAAGUCAAUAAUACAAUUGAACACACAUUGCCAAAGGCAGAACGCGAACGUGGCCAUAGCUAUUAAGUUAUUCAGAUACCUAUAGCAUAAAGAACAUGCUAACAAGUUUACGAAACCAUCAGUGUCACUCUUAAACACCAAAAUAACAUGUGAAAUGAUAUCAUAAUGUGUUAAUAAUUUCACACAUAAGUCACUCCUGAGUAUAAGUCACACCCCCAGCCAAACUAUGAAAAAAACCUGCGACUUAUAGUCCAAAAAAUACAGUUUUUUCCUACUGGUUUGCUCCCAAUUUACAGGCUUAAUCCAUUUAUUUUAACUGCUAGUCCUCGAUACGAUGGGAGGAGAACUGGUUUGCUCAGUGGGUGACUUGCACUUGGUAUAAGGGAAUACAACAGACCAUUUGGCAGCAUGGUCUCAGAGUUUGACCUGUUUUUUGAAUUUUGAACGGGAAUUUGUUAAAGUAUUAGCUUACUAGCUUAGCUAUAUUGGUUUAGAAUUUUUGAAAAAUUGCUUAUCUAGUUCUGAAGGGUUCGGUCAAUCCACUUGUGAAACUUGUGGGGUUCGGUAACUAUAGCAUGGUUAAGAACCACUGCUUUAGAGGAAGAUGAGUAAAAGCUGUGAAUAUCCCAUUUGGAACCAAACUUACUACUGUGCAACUGCUCGCAGAUGGCAACAAUGCAAAAUAGCGUACCGCACGUAACACGUCACCUUUGCUCAUUAAUAUUCAUGGCGUUAGCAACUGUUGCUAGGGGGGUCAAUCUCGCGUUUGUCCUUCAUGCUAGAUGCAUGUAAAUAGUGUACGAAAGAGAUGUUUACUGAGCUAAAAUUAUUUCCGAAAAUGAUGUCCCUGGUGCCAAAUUCACUGGUAAAGAUGUGGAAGAACAUACAAAUGUUCAGUUAAAGAGAUGGCUUGAGUGUCGGGGGCUGAAAAAAUGGGGAAAAAGAGCCGACCUGAUCCAGAGGUAGCUUUUUUUAUCGACAACUUUUUCUUGUGUGCAUUGCCUGACGCCACUGACAAUGACAUUUUCCUGUUUCAACAAGCUAUCUUUUACCACCAUAUGCCCUGUCUUUAUUAUAUAUUAUAUCCUCUGGUUGACUUACAUUUCUGACCAUUCUUGGGGAGAAUUUAUAUUGCUAUUUUUGUGUGGCGAUCGCAAAUGCCACUCAGUGACAGAUAACAAACACUUAAUUUUUCUUUAAUAACAAAAUUUGAUUAUUUUAAUUUAUUUACACUUCCCCUCUUACUAAGGUUGUUUCUUUACAAUAGAAAAGGUAAAUCUAGAGCCCACCUAUGUCAAAAUGACUUACCUCUUCAGGCCAGGCUGUGGCAGGCAAUGGAUCGGGUUUGUCAUCAGUAGGACAAUGGCCCCUAAUAAAAUGUUUACUGCUUAUGAAGGUGAAUGGCUUCCCCUUGCUAGCGUUAAACUGGUCUUUUUGGCGUCCGCACAAGUUGAUCCGUUGUUCACAUUUUUCUUCUGAGUUUUUGGCUUCGGGAAUCGUAUGGAGAAAACAUCCUGGAUAAGUGGACGUUAGUGAUGUCUAGAGUCGUUUCUACAAGUUCCAUAGCAGCGGUGUUUACUUGACAUGUUCUUUUUUUGAAAGAAAACAAGCAGUACUGGCAUGGGUUGUAUGCGAGCGCGCUUGUUUGUUGACCCCCUUCCGGUUUACGAUGGUGACGUCUAAAAAUAGCCUUCGUGUGGUACGCUAUUUCAGUUAUCAGUCGUGUUUGUAAGUCUGCAUUAAGAGGUGAGAGCGGCAUAAAUGGCGGCAUUUUGAUGAAACAAUCCCAUAUUAUAAUGCUGAUUGCUAAAGAACAAAAAAAAUUAAGGAACAAAACCUUUUUUCAUUCGGCGAAAGAGACUCUAGGCCUUUUAUAAAUCUGUGAAAAUGCUGUAAAAUUGCUAGCUGCCAGUGAAUGAGUUAACAAAGACAAAAAAUCCCAUGUCGUGUCAGAACGCCAGGACGUAAAUAAUUGCGAAGACAAAAAACAAGGGCAUAUCAAUUGGCAGAAUUGAAACGUCCAAGUAUCACUUGUCGGGAUUGAAACCCGAAACAGGGACACGCUGCACCAGUUCUUUGGGUAUGUGGUUCUGUCAGAGCACUUAAAAAGAUAGGAGCAAUCUUCUUCGACUUGUGUAACUUCACAUAAUAAAGUGUGCUUGAACGCGUGUAUGUUUACAGUGUGAGUGCGUGCUUUGCUGUAUAAUGGAGUGAGCCUAUUACGAAAAAGGAAUGUCAUUUUAUUUUUCUCUCUUGAUUUUUUUUUUGUCACGAUUACUGCUUGGCGAGCGCUCUCAGUGUAAAUUAAUGUUUGACGUGGAGCGUUAGGCAUCAAAAAGGACGCCGAUCGUUACACUAGUGUAAGUGGCUCUUUGGUCAUGUACGUAGUUAGCCUGAAAAGCCAACUGUGCCUAUUUUGAACAGACACUGCCAAGCGGGGGUGCUGACUUACCUGUUGAAAUGAAAAAGGCAAGUGAAAACAAACAGACAAAAAUCUCCACCUGACCGGACUCACUUUUGACUUUUUGAGGGUUCACAAUCAAAUGUCAGCGCCCUUCCGGUUCCUCGGGAUUGUGUUUCGUGAGGUGUCGUUUUUCUUUGUGCUGUUUUAUUUGCCUACAGUGAAGAACGCCGCCCACAUUUUUUGAGCCAUGUUCCUCUUAUCAAGUGGUUUUCCCUUCUUCUUUGAACUAUAGUCAUUGAAUGUUUUUGACGGUUUAUUCAGACAAAAGAUAUGAUGAAUUUGAAUAUCAAAGAAUUACUAGAAACCUCUCGAAACCUUAUGAGAAAACCACAUCCAAACAUGGUCGUUUCAACAGCUUUCCGUCUGUGAAUACGUGCCCCCUGCCCCCAGUGCCUUCCUUUAUGCAACCCGUUUCAGUAGUGACACAACAGUGACAUCACAGGUGAUAUUUCAAACGGCCCCUCGUAAGGACUGACACUGGACACGGGGUCAAGAAGUCGGUGCUUGUUAAACGAGAGGAACAAUUCAAAGUGCUCGAUCGGUUGUUCAACGUUACAUUUUUGUUUCCGAAGUGAUAAGCUAAGAUUCAUAUAAACAUGUUUGUUGUUGUGAAUGCCAAUGUAUAUUAUUGCCAGAGAGAGGGGCCCCCCUGCAAUUGAUGUUUGUAUGGGGGUCGACUCAAGUAUGUUCAAAAUGGCUUCCAAUUGUGAGUAUAUGACGUUUCCAGGCACUGCCUCACUCCCGGCACCUGAUCCCCCACCACCACUUCAAAAAAAAAGGAAAAAAAAAAAGAAAAAAUAAUCACAGCUUGCACUUCUUUCAAACACCCACUAUUGAUAUUGAUGUGGUGGUAACAUGAAGUCAGUGGAAGAAUAACAAAAACACAUACAAAAAAAAAAAAAAAUCAAUGUUGUGUACUGUUGUGCUCACCUUUUAAGGGUUUACUUGGGGUAAUAUUUUUGACAGGGGCUCUGCAAAACCCAGCCUGGGACCUCCACUACAGCAGAAACAAUAAACAUGUGGCAGCAGACGUUCUUUUGCCGUUUUUUUCCACAGGGAUGAAUUAAGCUUGAGUAUUUUUUUAUUUUUUGUGGGAGGGGGGGGUUGUUUUCCAGGAGCAGUGUCAUAGUUAAAAGUGAUCACCUUGUACAGUGGGCAUAUUCAGGGCCUAGUCACUUCCCCUUCGCGGGGUCUCGGACUGUAAAUCAUUAGAUACAAGUUAGUAAGACAGUAUGACCGGAGGCGAGGAACACUCUCGCGUAUCCUGAUCGGUUUUUAACUCACAAUUCACACUUUAGUAGUACAGUAAUGACAGGCUUUUCUGAAUACAUAACGCAUUCUGGAUAGGAUGACACAGUUUAAUUGGUUUGCAUUAAUUUGUUGUUCUGAAAUGGUUUUUGUGGCUAGAGGAAGGGGGGAUUGAACUGGUCAGUAUUUGGAAUGACAAAGACAAAUAAGAAUAAAAGUCAAAUUAUUCAAGUGAAUAUCACUGUGUAAUAUUUAUUCAACUUGUAAUUUAUAUGUACUCUUGUAACCUUUGUCUUUUUUUGUUAUGGCAAAGCAUUUAUUUAAAUAAAGCUAUGUAUUCAUUUA